AUGAUCAUAUUCGAUCUUGGCGAAAAAUUAGAAAAUUUACGUGAUAUGUUCCCAAAAUCACGGCAUUUAUAUAAUAUACCCCUUAAUUUUAUCAAUACCGUUAAGGACUGGACUAUUUUUCAAUUUCAUAAAAGCUGGUUUGACUCUCACAGAGGAGAUGUUGAAGAACUAACUUAUAGUAAGGCAACGGACGCAUUUGUUAAAAGUCUCCAGGCGAUUGUUCAACGAAGCUCAGAUGUUUCAAAAAUAUGGAAAGCAAGCUCUCUUCUAGCCGAUCUUCGGGCAAGUACUUUUUUAUAUGGGAAUGUCCUUCGCAGUGUUCUUUUUGAAGACUGCAAAAAGAAUCAACGUAACGCAAGAAGCGAUAUUGAUAAACUGUGGCUUGAUGUUGAAAAAAUUCUCCGCGAAAAGAUGAUCAAUACAGGAACAAAUAUUCAAUUUAUAAAUUCGUCAUGCGAUAACAUUCAGAUUAGUAACGUUGGAAAUAAACGGACUCGUGAAAAGGAGAACGGGACACCAUCAAAAAAACUUGUCAACGAUAAUCCCUCUUUAAACCAGGAUGUGGGUGAGCAUCAUGGAGAAAUGUCGUCAUCAAAGGAUUCAAUUGUUCAAGGACUCACGAAUAUUGGUGGGAUUGCUCGUUAUAAUAUUAUCUUUUUACCGGAAGAAAAUGAGUGUAGUCCGAUUAAAUCAAUAUUUACUAAAGAAAAAUGGAUGAGGCUCGAAGCGGAUUGGCAAAAGGCUGAGAAGAAGACAAUGUUACCUGCUGGUAGUGGAAUGAAUGAGAAUGUCGCCGUUUUAUUUGAUGAAAUGUCUAUUGUCAAUCGUGAUGCAUAUAGUUUUACUGAAGAAUGGUCUACGCAAUGGAUUAAAUUGGUUUAUAAUGCAUUUUUACUGUGUUUUCAACUACCUAUAAAUCCACUUCACGAUGGCGAAUUAUCUGAAUAUGCCUAUAUAGAUAGGAUUGUAAAUCGUAUCAUAGAGGAUAUUUUCCUAGACAUAAACAAUGUUAUUCGUAUGAAAACGGGAGAAGUUGAAAACCGGGAUAGUAAAGUUCAGAAAGAUUCAGCAAGACCAUUAGGGCAACGGCGUUCUGUAGGAUGGGAACAUGAUGCCAUGUUAGUAAUCAAGGUAAACAGUGUUGAUUUUCAAGUAGGGUUCGGAGAAGUUGUGGGCAAUGCCUGUAUACGUGAUGAUAAAAAAAUGAUAGAAGAUCGGGAGAAAAUUUUAAAGUCGAUGCAAUUGGGGUUAUUCCGGUUAUAUCAGCUAUUUAGACAACAAGGAGUUGAUGAGAACGAUAUUAGUAAUGCUGAAACGUUUGGAAUUCUCAUUUACAGAAAAACUUUCCAUUUCUAUUCAAUGCACUAUGUUAAUAAUUUGUACCUUGUGGACCAAUUUGACGGAUUUACGAUCCCUGACAAUUCUGGGCAAUUGGAACAACUUUCAGAUAUUUUAGAAGUGAUGUUUUCUUUCAAGCAACGUGUUAUGAAUCUUCAUCGCUUUAUUCAAAAUUCAUUAAUUGAUGAUCCGGAUAAGAUCGGCAGAAUUACUAUAUUGGGACAAUAG